GAAUAACUUGUACCGCCCCAAGAAAUUCUAUAGACCUUGAGCUUGAGAGAUAGAACAGCAGAGAGUUUCAUAACAUAGCAUAACAUAACCUUACAUUAUGAACUAUGUUUACUAAUGUGUUUAAAUUAAUUGCUGAUGUUCUAUUUAAUGUGAUAUCUAUUGUGUGAGUUGUCAGAUUACCAGUUUCUGCUCCUACUAUGCAGGUUAAAAACAUCCAGUAGUUCUUUCGUUUAAAUUUCAUUUUAGCCUACUUGUAAAUAAAAGGCUACUCCCAAAAACACGUUUUUGGCUACUGGUCUAUAAAUCAUAAUAACACACUAAUAAAAUGCCUCAGGGACGUAGAAAAACUCCAUUCAGUGGAAAGGCAAAAAAAGAACAAUUGAAAUUGAAAAAACAAGCUAAAUCGUCUGAUCAAGGACGAAAGUCAAAUCUCGGAUCCAGGCACCAAUCGAAUGAUUCGUAUGAUGAAACUGAACCUACAAUCCAGAAAAUAAAUGCUCAACCCAAGCAGAAUGCAUCGACUAAUAAGAGACAAAAUAGUUCCAGGUAUGCUUUACAAUUCUUUCAAGAAACAAAAGAGGAAUUGGAAGCAAAGAAAGAAUCAGCCAGAAGAGAACUGAACCCUGUACCAGAAUCUGAACUUGAAAUGUGCACUGAAGAGUUUUUUCCACCAGAGGUAGAUUUCCCAGUUAGACCUCCGUGGGAUUUCAACAUGUCAAGAGAAGAAUUGGAUGCCAGAGAAAACAGAUAUUUCAGGGAAUACGUAUCCCGUCUGGAGAAACAGCGUUCAGAGCUGAGCUUGUUCGAGCUGAACCUGGAGACAUGGCGGCAAUUGUGGCGAGUUCUCGAGCUGUCCGACAUUGUUCUGAUAAUCGUCGACGCCCGCUCACCGGCGCCCAUGUUUCCGCCGUCGCUCUACAAGUUCGUCGUCGAAACCUCCAACAAGAACAUGAUUCUAGUGCUGAACAAAAUCGAUCUAGUGCCCGCUCCUCUUGUAGUGGCCUGGAAGGAGUACUUCUCGCACAAAUAUCCUGGUCUCAAAAUAGUCAUGUUCACAUCUUUCCCUGGGUACAACAUUCGUGGAAAUGUACAGGAUAAAGGCGGUUUACAAAACCGAAGGCGCAAAGGAAAACUGAAAAUGUCGGCAGAAGGUGCCCAGAAACUUAUUGAAGCUUGCAAAGAGAUAGUAAAGGAUGAAGUUGAUCUUACUUCAUGGCAAAACAAAAUAAAAGAAGAGAUGGAACUGGAUAAUGACAAUGAUGAUGAACUCAUAAUCGAGCAUGUUACUCAGGUUAAUGAAGUUGAUACGGCGUAUGAACAGCAUGAGAGAUAUAAGAAUGGAAUUCUGACAAUCGGUUGUGUAGGGCAACCCAAUGUUGGAAAGUCGUCUUUGAUGAACGCCAUUAUGGGGAGAAAGGUUGUCAGUGUAUCUCGUACACCUGGUCAUACGAAACAUUUCCAGACAAUCUUUUUGACUCCACAAGUGCGUCUAUGUGAUUGCCCCGGAUUGGUGUUUCCUUCUAAAGUACCGAAAUCACUCCAGGUUAUAAUGGGCAGCUAUCCUAUAGCUCAGUUGAAGGAACCGUUCAGCGUGGUCAAGUUUAUUGCAGAAAGGUUGGAUUUAGUGAAACUGCUGAGAAUUCCUCAUCCUGAGGAUGAUACCACCUGGUCUGCCAUGGACAUUUGUGAUGGUUGGGCUCUAAGAAGGGGAUUCAGAACAGCUAGAGCUGCAAGACUCGAUUCGUACAGAGCUGCCAACAGUCUUCUGAGAAUGACCCUCGACGGAAAGAUCACUCUUUGCUUCAUGCCUCCUGGAUAUUCAAAAAGCAAAGUGUUCUGGGCAGAACAUGCCGAUGUUCCGAUGGUGAAAUGGAUUCAGGCGCGAUUGGCUGAAUUCGAUGCCGCGAAUGAACAAAAAAGGUCGCACCAUUCUCCCGAAGAAGAUGAUGAAAUCGAUUCUUUCGACAGUGAUGAGGAAAUCAAUCCAGUGCUCAACAAAGCGAAAACGGAUGAUAAUGAGAAUGAAGAGAAGGAGGACUCGGAUGAUGAAAGCUGCAACAAGAAAAACAGAUUUGCACUACUUUCCGAUUCUUAGGUCAAUAUUCAUAAAGUUGGAUUUGCACUACUUUCCGAUUCUUAAAGUUAUCAUUUCUUUAGCGUUUGUUACCUUUCGUCUAGAAGUAUUAUUCUUCCUGCUUUAAGAGACUGAUGAGAUUUAUUCAAAAAAUAUUAUUGUUAUCGAGAAUAUUGUAGAUUGGUUGCUUUUUAAUUCAUUAAUGAAUAAACAUAUUAAUAUAUUCUUCAAU